AUGGACAAUCUCCCCGAACAUCUACUCUCUUCUAUCGCACACUACUUGAAUACACGAAUCGAAACCAUCUCUUUCCGGUCUGUUUGUAACUCAUUCCGUUCGUCAGCCCCUCCUCCGCUGCCACCACGCUCCCAUAUCAAAAUCCCGUCUCCACCAGGCCUGACAGAUGACGGCCACCUUGAACUUACUGAGUCAACUAUUUAUGCCAUUCAACCCCCGGAGAAAUCCACCGAAACAUGGUUGGUUAAAGUAGAAGAAUCAAACUCUGGAAAAAUCCGAGUCAUGGAUCCCUUGUUUAAACUUCGUAUCAAAAAUAUGUUACCCGAGUCUUUCAACUUGCUGGAUUAUCGAGUCAAGGAAAUUGCUAAAUCCUGUCGACUCGAGACAGUAUCAAGUUCUAAAACUUGUUACGUUCGAAAGGCCGUCGUCUCUUCAGAUGAUGACAAUGCUGGUGAGUUCGUACUAAUGGCGUUAAUCAAUGACGGCCGAGUAGGCGUGUGGCGAAGCAAAGACGAGAGAUGGACGAACAUAGAUAUUGGUUAUAAAAGUUUUAACUGUAAAGACAUUAUCUAUCAUAAAAAUAAAUUCUACGCCAUGGGAUUCGACGGCUUUACGGUGGCAGUGGAUCCCAAGUCUUUCAAAGUCACUCAAGCAGCGGCGGCUUCUGAAAAAUCCCAGUCACAUCUUAUGAUGCACUCUCUGGUAAAAUCAAGGAAUGAUCUUUUUCUCAUCAACACCUAUUGGCUAUACAAAUACUUUCAACAUGGUCCUUUGUUCGGUCGGAUUAGUUUGGAUGUUUUCAAGCUUGACAAAGAUAACUGCAAAUGGAUUGAAGAAGAUGGAUUGAAAGAUCAAAAUUUGUUUUUAGGAGAAGAUGGUUCGUUCAUGCUUUCAGCUAAAGAAUUUCCAUCGCAUAAAGGAAAUUGCGGUUACUUGAUCUAUGCGGAUUUGUCUGGAAUUAAUUAUGAUCCUCGCAAGGAGAAUAUUGCUUAUUUUGACUUGGAGGAUCCUUCGCCGGGAUCUCAACCGGCGGCUCUCUCAAAAUAUUCGGAAGCUUUCUGGCCUCUACCUACUUGGCUCGGGCAGAAGCAGAAUUGUCGCUGA